AUGGCGGCUUCUGGGAAGGCCGGCCGCAGGGCCGCCGACUAUGGGGGCGCAGAGGCUGCCGGCUGCGAGCCUCAGGGAGCAGGAGUCUCAGGCCGCUCGGCGUGGAGCAGUAGGGGGCCGUCUCUGGGCCGCUGCGGGGCCACCGGCCGCGGCGCGAGGCCACUAGCGCGCGGCCACGGUGCGGAGGCCGCGAGGGGCCACGGCGAGGAAGCCACUGCCGCAGGCCAGGCGAAGGCCGACUCGAUGUCUACUCCAAUUGCGGCCGCUCGGAGCACCGGCCUCUGCGUUGCUGACCGCAUGUGCGUCUGCAUUGUGCAAUCUACACGAGCAGCGCGCAGUGGCAGCCAUGGUGCGAGGCGUCGCUGGUCAGGGGCGAUGGUUGGCAUCACCAACCUUGUUGAUGAUGGAGAGGAAGAAGCCGGAGAACGACAUCUUCCACUUCAUCAGAGAUAA